UGAGCCCCCUGUGACAUGUCAAAUUACUCGCCGGUCGAUCACAGGCCCAAGUCCGGUUUCCGCCACACCAUGGCGGAGCACACGAAGAGGACCUGGCUGCGUUUGCAUCACUACUACUAUGGCAUCCUCCUCUGCGCGGCCGCGCUCGUGCUUCUCUUGCAGAUGGUUGUGGGGGCGUCGCGCCUCCCAGCACCAGCGACGCGCAUGAGGCGGCAUGAAUCGUCGAAAGAGCAAGCGCUGCUCGACCACAUUGUGCACCUCAACAACCUCAACCACGCGUGCUUCAACGCCAAGGAGAGCGUGAUCCCGUGGCAGUACAACAGCUCCGAGGUCGACCGGUCGGCCAUGUGGCAGAGACCGACGUCCACGACGCCGGACGCGGCGCUUCUCGCGUACCUCGCGCAGUGCCCCGAGAUAGACAUUUACUUGCCAAAAGGGCUUCGCAACUACGGCUACUGCGAAGACGGCAUGGCGUACGUCAAAUUUCUCCACUCGCGCGCGCUGCCCGAGUGGGUCUUGGAUCUCCGGUUCGAGUACCAAGGUCGCACCAACAUGACGUACCUCCAACUGUGCCCGACGUCGGCCAUUCUCUUUAUGAACCACUACAUCGAGGGCGUGCCGGACCGGUCCGAUUUUCCGAAGACCAAGAAGAUUGUGCUCAUGCCCAACGUCGAGAUGUUUGAGCUCAAAGAAACGGAAUACCACGGCGCCGACUAUGUUUUGUGCAAAACCAUUGACGCCUACGAACGCCUGACGCAGUGGUACGAAGACUUUGGUAACCCGCGCGGGACCCAAGUGCUCUACGUGCAGCACACGUCGUCGGACCCGUCCACGGUCGCUCGGCUCCAUGCGGUCGCGCACCCCGAGCUGCCGCCGAUCCAGCCAAAGGACUUUAGCAAUAUUACGUUCUUCCACGCCGGCGGGCACAGCGCACAAAAGAGCACGCGCAAUGUGUUCGAGUGCUGGCGACAGCGCCCGCACCUCCCGCCCAUUGACGUCUACUCGGUCAACCCCGAUACGAAGGCGGACUUUGACGGUGUCUUUGGCGACGACGGCCCGCCUCCGAGCGUCCGAUUUCACUACGGCGAAGACAUUGAAGGCCCCGUGUUUGGUCGAUUGCUCCUCGAGGCGAGCGUCAUCUUGUGCCCGAGCAAGAUGGAGGGCUACGGCCAUUACAUCAACCAAGCGAGGGCCUCGGGAGCGCUUGUCUUGACAACAAACGGUCCGCCCAUGAACGAGUUUGUGGCGCCGGACGCUGGCGUGCUCAUCAAGGCCCGCACGAUGAAACCCAACCCGAACCAGCUUUUGAGUAUGUACGGCGCAAUGGAAUGGGACGUGCCGUCCGAUUGGAUCUGUGAUGCGGUCGAGAAGGUGCUGGCGAUGACGCCCGACGAGCGCGCACGCAGCGGGCGCAACGGCCGACGGCUCUACGAGAAGCAAUUGCGCGAGUUUCAAGCCAACAUGCGCAAGCUCCGGACGGCCUUUGUGCUCUAGCGACACGGGCAAUAGUCCGUUUACGUAGAUAUGGACGUUAAUAGCAUUUGCAUCUUACAUGACGAGGCCCGGAUCAUGUCCCGUUGAUCGCGUCAACGAUGGCAACGGUCCAUCACACGGCGCGUCAGAAGAACGACC